CCCUUGCUGCAGACGCUGGGGAGUCAGGAGUCGCGGGAGGACGAGCAUCGGAGGAGAAGCGGAGCGAUGUCCACCCUGGGCUGGUGGCGCCGCUGGGCGCCCGUUUCAGUGUGGGUGCACUAGACUGCCGACCCUGGUCGGGGUGUGUGCGCAGAGUGCGGUGCUCCGGGAGCUCUACCUUCUUGAUCUUCUAUCCUUCUUGGAGACAACUGGCAAGAGGAAGACUAACUAGGUCCUCCAACAGCUAGGUGGCUGGUCCAGGUGAGUGAUACUCACACCUCAGAGUAGUACCACACCCAUCUGUGAAGUUUCCUCUUCUCUUCCUCACACUGAGAUUUUCCUGAUGUAUAUGUACAUAUAUGCCGCACAGCUACAAGAACACCAUUUGUACCUUCUGAGCGCACACACACCUGUCUGGUGGGUAACGAGUUUGUUAGGAUUCCCCUCAGCCACACCCCAUCCUUCCUAGUCUCUCCCCCCUGACACCUAGGUGCUCCUUCAGGCUUCCUGUUUGCCUUUCGGUGGGCAACUAAGAAACAGGAGAAAUUCUAUGCACCUGCCAUCAACCUAGAAUAUGCUUUGUACCAUGUCCUAGGGAUGCCAUCUCAACUAAGAAAAGAAGUAUUUUCAUGGAGUAUUAUGGCAGAAUUAAAAUGUGUGAAAUAUGAUUUAUAUGGCUUAUGCCCUUGAAAGUACACAUUUGCAUGGAGAAACUGACUGAAUCUGGGAGAGGAGCCUCUCUGAGGUACUUGGGAAUCUUCAAGCUGAGUUCUGGAGGGUUAUAAAUGGUAUGUUUCAUGGGGAGAAUAAAUUGAUCAGAGGGUUCAAAGAUGUUCCGGAGGGAUGCAGAGUGGAGCUGAAAACGCGGGAUGCCCGGAACAAGAGACGAGAUGGAUUACAACUGACUGAGGAGAGAAAAGGUAGGUUUGAGGGCUUCAUCGUGAUAGGCCUUAAGAUCAAUGGUAAGUGUUUGGGCUUAACCAGACGUACACGGGAAGCCACUGAGGCAUUUGCCACACAAAAAUGACACAAAGCUCACAUGUACAUUUGUGGAAAUCAUCUGGUCUCCAGGUGCAGAGGGCAGAGUAGGCACACCUGCUGUGGGGAGAGCACCUGGAGUUUGGGUGAGAGGUGGAGUCCCAGCACUGGAACACGUGAAGGGGGCAUGUUGGAGUGUUGCCAAGAAGGGAGACCUCACAGAACUUGCUCCCUUUUUUACUAGUUUGCUGACUGAUUCAGACCAGACAUGAUGAAUCACAUGAUGAGGAGAAGUGAGCAGAAUGUCCAAAUGUUGUCCAUUUGUUCAAUCCAUCCGCAAGUGUUGAUACUCAGCCUAUUUGGGACAGACUCAUGCCAGACUCUGGCACUCCAGAAGUGAGUGGUAUAAUCCCCUACUGAAUGAGAACUCCUGUUACCUCGAACGUAAGGAAAUAUGCUUAGCAAACUAGCGGCCUGUGCUUGUUGGGGAGCUGCCUGGGGAGGGCCUGGCGUGGCAGAGUGGGUCCCUGGAGCUGGGUUGGUGUUCUCCUGGCCCAUAGGAAGGCCCCAGGGAUCCGGUAUGGUGUUCAAGCCUACAGAGACCAGGAGAUGUCCCUUUCCUGAAGGAUCCAUGUGUGUAGACCCACAUUUCACAAAGUUCAGGGACUUCACUUAGAACCAUACUGAUGUGGGAACCAAAGCAAAGCACUCCUGUUCCCUCAAAUCUGGCUCAGAAAUUUACAGUGGGAGAGGACUGUAGCAGGGACCCACAUACUGGAGACUGUGUGAUCUGCGAAUUCUUCUCCCUGUAGGCAAACCUACAUGGGAAAUGAAAGGAUAAUGAGGAGGUUGAUGGGUGAGUAUAAAAUCAGAACCAAAAGGUGUAGAGGAACCUCGAUAGCACUGACCUGCAAGACAGCCUAGUGCAACCACCUGGGUAUGGUGACGUCAUUGCUAUGACAGUCAGAAGACCAGACUCCUUAUGCAUUGCCCCCGUUCUCCAUCAUCUCCAUCCAGGCUAAGUCUAAUCAGAGAAGAUCUCUUGCCUGUAGAUGGUUAGAUUAGCCAUGCAUUGUGGCUUAAACUCCCAUGCCUCUGUCCCCUAAAAUAAAUAAGAUCAGCUGGUCAUUCAGAUAAGAUCAAACAUGUCAUGCUGGUCUGGAAGGCAUUUUGUGUCUUUAAAGUAGCCUUGUCUUAGUGCUGACCAUGAAACUGAACUCUUAGCUAUUAUUUCCUCUCUUUCUGAACUUUUGGGGAAAUCCCUCAAGAACGGACAACAAUAAAGAGAUGUGGCUGGAGUGUGGUAAGUGCUACAUUUAUACUGAGUAGAAGGAGGCCCGAGAUGUCACAAAGAUGACCUGAAAGGGUUACUAGACCAGAGUGUAAGGUCUUUACCCGAGUGUUAAGGGUGCAGGCCAUUCUUUCCUUGCUCACAUUUCCAUGUAAGAUUACCACCCCGUAAAAAAUCCCAGUGUCCCAUAUGUCCCAAUGUCCUUUGUUGUUCUUGAGUGGACCAGGUUACACACUUAAACGUAGGGAGGUAAGACCAGAGUCAAGUUCCUAGAGUCCCAGUUAAAAUGCCUAUGUUCUAGGGAAAAUCCACUUUUUAAGUUGUCCCAUAAUAAAGGCCUAACCUUUGUUAUAAGUAUCCCAGGUGACCUUUCAGCAUAUGUGAGUUUUAGACCCACGACUAAGAGAAAUCAGGCUGUAGUGUGUACUUUUCAGAGUCAGAUUUCUGCUGAAGGGACACAAGACUGUUGACCCUGUCAGUGUUAGGGCACUUAAACUCGGAGGUGAGGUUAGGUGUGGGACUGGGACAACACUGGACUCCAUGAACAUACUGAAGUAGAGAAUGCCGGUCUGCAGAAAGAGGCAGGAGACUGGAACAAACAAGAAGAGAGGAGAGCCUGCACACCUGACAGAUGACACGCGUAACCUCCUCGGUUCCUGACUUUAAAGUUCUCAAUUCCAGCCCCCUUUAAAGGAGGCAGACCUUCCCAGCCAGGGGAGAUCAGCUGACCUUCCCUGAAACACUCAAGCCCUUGGGUGUGAGCAAAACAGACAACUGAAAAGCUCACUACUCCAUUGGAGUUACAAGAUGUACCAUCACGAAGACGACACCAACAGUGACAUGAACAGUGACGACGACACGAGCCGAAGUGGGAGAGAAACCCCAUCCCCUCGACCAUCACAUGCUUUCGGCAGUGAGCGAGACCUGGAACGCAGGGGCAGAAGCAGAGAGGUGGAGGCGCGAGACCGCUGGCCAUUCACCAGGAAUCCCAGAAGCAGGCUGCCUCAGCGGGAUCUUUCUCUUCCUGUGAUGUCAAGACCACAUUUUGGACUGGAAAGAGAUGAUGACAGACGUUCCAUGGAUUAUGAGUCCCGCUCCCAGGAUGCUGAGUCAUACCAGAAUGUUGUGGAACUCAAAGAGGACAAGAAGCCUCAGAAUCCAAUUCAGGACAACCUGGAAAACUACAGAAAGCUGCUCUCCCUGGGAGUCCAGCUUGCCGAAGAUGACCGACACUCUCACAUGACACAAGGCCACUCAUCGAGACCCAAGAGGACUGCCUACCCAAGCACCAGUCGAGGUCUGAAACCCAUGCCUGAAGCCAAAAAGCCAUCCCACAGGCGUGGUAUCUGCGAGGACGAAUCUUCUCAUGGUGUGAUAAUGGAAAAAUUCAUCAAGGAUGUGUCACGCAACCCCAGACCCGGAAGAGCAAGGGAGCUGAAUGAGCGUCCUCCUCCGAGGUUCCCCAGGCCUAAUGACAACUGGAAGGACAGUUCCUUGAACAGAAGAGAGUCAGUGCUCCAGGAGAGGGGCUACCCAUUUAGGGGAGGCUUCCGGCUCAAUGCGGCCUUGGCUUCCAGAAGCAGAGCUCUAGAAAGGAAGAGGCGUUACCAGUUUGAUGCUGAUGAGAGGGGCUCAGGUCAGGAGCAUAAAAGCUGUGUGAGGAAGAGGCCUUUUGAGUGUGGUAGUGAGAUGAGGCAGGCCAUGAGUGUGGGCAGCCUGAGCGGCCCUUCCUCCUCGGAGUCGCAGUCAGCCGGUUUUGGGGCAAACCCGUAUGUGUGUGAUGAGUGCGGGAGGCAGUUCAGUGUCAUCUCCGAGUUCGUGGAGCACCAGAUCAUGCACACGCGGGAGAACCUCUAUGAAUACGGAGAGUCCUUUAUUCACAGUGUGGCUGUCAAUGAGGUGCAGAAAGGUCAGGGAGGGGGGAAACGCUUUGCGUGUAAGGAAUGUGGAGAAACCUUCAGCAGGAGCGCUGCCCUGGCUGAGCACCGCCAGAUCCAUGCUAGAGAGUAUCUCGCUGAAUGUAGAGAUCAGGAGGACGAGGAGACCGUCAUGCCGAGCCCGACCUUUAGUGAGCUGCAGAAGAUGUACGGCAAAGAUAAGUUCUAUGAGUGCAAGGUGUGCAAGGAGACCUUUCUGCACAGUUCCGCCCUGAUUGAGCACCAGAAAAUCCAUGGGAGAGGCAACUCGGAUGACAGAGAUAUCGAGCGUGAGCGCGAGCGUGAGCGCCUCCGUGCACGUGCACGGGAGCAGCGGGAGCGCGAACGUGAACGGGAGCGUGAGCGUGAGCGCGAGCUUGCCGAGCCCUUUCUGACCUGCCCAAACUUCAGUGAAUUUCGGAAGAUGUACAGGAAAGACAAAAUCUUUGAGUGUAAAGUGUGUGGGGAGAGCUUUCUUCAUCUCUCAUCUCUGAGGGAGCAUCAGAAAAUCCAUACUAGAGGAAACCCGUUUGAAAAUAAGAGCAGGGUGUGCGAGGAGACCUUCGUCCCUAGUCAGGCUUUCAAACGGCGCCAGAAAACCUACAGAGAGAGGCUGUUCGAGUUUAACAAUGCCAGGGAUGCGCUGAUGGGAAGCUCGGACCCCAGCGAGCAUCAGAAAAUUCGUUCACGAAAGAAUUUCUUUGAGGGCCGGGGAUUCGAGAAACCCUUUGUCGAAUCUCAGAAGAGUCAUACUAUAACAAGACCGCCUGGAAACAAAGACGAGGACAAGCCGUUCACCAUCAGUGUCAACCCUAAUGACAAGCUGAAAUUCCCCACCAUGGAACAUGGCUCCCAGGGCAAAUCCUAUGACAGGUCUGUUAUUCACAGCUUGGGGUCCGCGGAAGCCCGCAAGAGUCGCGGCGCACUGGGGUUCACUAAACCAAAACCAGUGGCAGAGUCUAGCACCCAGACCUCGAGCAGCUUUACCUACCCGAGAGCCUUCUCUGGAGGGAACACCUAUGCAGGAAUGGGAUUCAAGGACUUCAUCCACAGCUUGCCCGCUCCUCGACCUCUGAAACGCCAUAGAGCCAAUGACCAGAUUCGAUGUGAUGAGAACGGAGAGUCCUCCAUUUAUAUCCCAGAUAUUAUUAAUAAGCGAAGGAAGAUUCCUGCCAGAGAAGACAGUUAUGAAGGAAGUAGCAGCAGCAGCAGCAACUACCACACACCGAAUGUAUCCCGUGCUGAGCCCCCAAGUCUUUCUGGAGAGUCCCAUGAACCGAAGCAGGAUGUCACGUUCUCAGUCCCCAGCUCAAGUGUCCGUGAACACCAGAAAGCUCGUGCCAAGAAGAAGUACAUUGAACCCAGGAGCAACGAGACCUCUGUUAUCCACUCCCUACCUUUUGGUGAAUUGCUUGCAGGUCACCGCAGGGCAAAGUUUUUUGAGUGCCAGGAAUGUGGGGAGGCCUUUGCUCGUAGGUCUGACCUCAUUGAGCACCAGAAGAUUCAUGAUAGAGAAAGACCCUCCGGAAGCCGACAUUUUGAGCACUCUGUCAUCCGCAGCCUUGCCCCCAGUGACCCUCAGACCAGUUAUGCCCAAGAGCGUUUCAUUCAAGAGCAAGUGCGUAAAUUCAGAGCGUUUGGACAACGCUCAACUACCAGCAACAACCUCAGUGUACAGAAAAUCUAUACCCUAGAGAAAUUUCAUGCCGAGGAGCCCCAUGAUAAAGAAACUCAUGGUCAAAAACUUCAUGACAAAGAGCCCCAUGGCCAGGAGCCCAGUGGCCAGGAGCCCCAUGGCGAUGAGCCCCAGGACAAAGAGCCCACUGAUCAGGACAUGCGCAGUGAAGAGCCCCAGGACAAAGAGCCCACUGAUCAGGACAUGCGCAGUGAAGAGCCCCAGGGCCAGGAGCCCACUGAUCAGGACAUGCGCAGUGAAGAGCCCCAGGGCCAGAAGCCCCAUGGCGAAGAGCCCGAUGACCAGGAGCCCACUGAUCAGGACAUGCGCAGUGAAGAGCCCCAUGGCGAUGAGCCCAAUGGCCAGGAGCCCACUGAUCAGGACAUGCGCAGUGAAGAGCCCCAGGGCCAGAAGCCCCAUGGCGAAGAGCCCCAUGACCAGGAGCCCACUGAUCAGGACAUGCGCAGUGAAGAGCCCCAUGGCGAUGAGCCCAAUGGCCAGGAGCCCACUGAUCAGGACAUGCGCAGUGAAGAGCCCCAGGGCCAGGAGCCCACUGAUCAGGACAUGCGCAGUGAAGAGCCCCAUGACCAGGAGCCCACUGAUCAGGACAUGCGCAGUGAAGAGCCCCAGGGCCAGGAGCCCACUGAUCAGGAGAUGCGCAGCGAAGAGCCCCACGGUGAAGAGUCCCAUGGCCAGGAGAAAGCUGAAGAUGCUACCAUGCAGGCCGCAGUUUCUGAAGAGCACCAGAAAGCUGAUGCUGGUGAUGCAGUCUAUGCAUGCCAGGACUGUGGGCUGGGAUUUCCUGAUCUCAAUGACCUCACAAGCCACCAGGACAUCCAUAGCAGAAACACUCUGGUUGAUAGCCGUGAAUACACACAUUCUGAAGUUCAUGUCCACUCCGUCAGCGAGUUUGAGAAAAAGUACUCUGGAGAGAAACUGUACGAGUGUCCGGAAUGUGGGGAGUCCUUCAUCCACAGCUCCCUACUUUUUGAGCACCAGAAGGAACACGAAAAAGCGCAGCUGUGCCCCGCAAAGGCCUGUGAUGACGGCUUCAUCGCUCUGCUGCCGGUGAGGCCGAGGAGGAAUUGCACCGUCGAGAGGAAUCCUGCCGUUGCUGGCUCAGCCAUUCGAUGCCGUCAGUGUGGACAAGGCUUCAUCCACAGUUCUGCCCUCAACGAGCACAUGAGACAGCACAGAGAUAAUGAAAUACUGGAACAGAGUGAGCUGGCGGAUGAGAUUUUCAUUCAAGGCCUAGCCCUUACUGAGUAUCAGGGGAGCGAAACGGAAGAAAAGCUUUUCGAAUGCACAAUCUGUGGGGAGUGCUUCUUCACUGCCAAACAGCUCGGAGACCACCACACCAAAGUUCAUAAGGAUGAGCCCUACGAGUACGGGCCCUCCUACACCCAUGCCUCCUUUCUCACCGAGCCCCUCAGAAAGCACAUCCCACGAUACGAAUGCAAAGAUUGCGGGCAGUCCUUCCUCGACGACACGGUCAUCACCGAGCGCAUGGUGUUUCAUCCUGAGCGAGAAGGCGGGUCAGAAAUAGUAGCUGCUACUGCACAGGAGGUCGAGGCCAAUGUCCUCAUUCCACAAGAAGUCCUGCGAAUCCAGGGGUCAAAUGCAGAGGCUGCCGAGCCCGAGGUGGAGGCUGCCGAGCCCGAGGUGGAGGCUGCCGAGCCCGAGGUGGAGGCUGCGGAGCCCAAUGGAGAGGCUGAGGGGCCUGAUGGGGAAGCUGCCGAGCCCGACGGAGAGGCCGAGCAGCCCAACGGAGAGGCUGAGCAGCCAAACGGUGAUGCCGAUGAGCCCGACGGAGCAGGGAUCGAAGACCCGGAAGAGAGAGCCGACGAGCCGGAGGAAGAGGUUGAAGAGCCAGAGGGAAAUGCAGAGGAGCCGGAUGGUGCAGACGUCGAAGACCCAGAGGACGAAGGAGAAGAUGAAGAGAUUGAGGUUGAAGAGCCGUACUACAACUGUCAUGAAUGUGCAGAAACAUUUGCUUCCAGCGCAGCCUUUGGGGAGCAUCUGAAAAGCCACGCUAGCGUGAUCAUCCUCGAGCCCGCCAAUGCGCCUGGAGAGAGCUCUGGCUACAUCGAACGGGCUAGCACCAGCUCAGGUGGUGCCGAGCAGGCCGAUGACGACAAGUACUUCAAGUGCGAUGUGUGCGGGCAACUCUUCAACGACCGCCUCUCCCUCGCCAGACACCAGAAUUCUCACACUGGUUGAGUAAGCAGGCUGAGGGAAAACAAAGAAGAAAGCCAAACCUUCCUCCCAGAGCCAGACCCUUAAUAAAUCACAGAGAGAGCCAAACCAACCCAUAAUGUCAAUAGGAAACUCACCUUACUGCAUCCAUACCGUGCUUCACAGACUGAAAACAAGAGACUGCACACAGAGACUCUUUCAGUCUUAGCUGCUCCCUACCAAACAUCAGUGCGUACUUAGGAAAGCUAGAGCAUACAUCUUCCAUCUCAUCUAAGGAACUAGGCUGAGGGAGACCCCCUCACCUUACUGCAUCCAUACCGUGCUUCACAGACUGAAAACAAGAGACUGCACACAGAGACUCUUCAGUCUUAGCUGCUCCCUACCAAACAUCAGUGCGUACUUAGGAAAGCUAGAGCAUACAUCUUCCAUCUCAUCUAAGGAACUAGGCUGAGGGAGACCCCCUCACCGACUGUAAAUGAGACCCCUUCACACCCUAUACAUAGUGAUUCCUGCCGUGUAUAUAAGUGAGCAAAUCACAGCAAAUCAGUGAUACAUAUAUUUCGAUUUAGUGUGCUAUAGAAUUUACAGUUUACUCUACAGAGCUACCUACUCUGGUACUCUGAUUUUUUUCCUGAGGAGGAAGAGAGCAACAAUUUAGCAUAUAUUUGUAAGUAUUGUCCACCCUGCGGAAGCUUUACUGUGCAUUGUUUCAACCCCAUUAGUAUCCUUUCCAGUAAUGGAGUGUGCCAUCCCCUACCUCUUAGAUAGUCCUGUGAAGGUGUGAGUGUGAAAGGUCGUGUGUCUUUGAAUCCUGGCUGUGUGAAAACAGACAUUUUAACUCCCACAGCCAUUUGGUGUGCACCCAGCCCUGACUGUAUAACCCUUUACAAUAUAUGGAUUUGUCGCUGUGACCCAAAUCAACCCAUCCCUACAUUUAUAUACCUUACAGUGGUUUUCAUGCAAAAAAAGAGUUACAUUUCAGGUGUUCUUUAAGGUUUUGGUUUUUGUUUUCUAACCAGUUCAUCUUGUGUUUGAUAGUGAAUUCAUGAAACCUGAAGCUUUUCCCUGUAAAUCUUAAUGUCUUUGCCUUUAAAGAGUGGGUGACAACCAUCGCUAGAUCACAGUAGUGCCUAAUGAAAGGUUGGGAACCACAGGAGAGGCUCUUACAUUGUAAAUAAGGAAGCAGACUGACAACCUUUCAUUGACUGCUGUGUGCUUCCUGCCUUAAGUGACAAGUGGCAGCGUCGCUUGAGUCACCUGUGUGGUGUUGUAUUGUGCUUGCCACAAGUCAGUGUGCUCCGGGGGUGCCCAGGAGCGAGUGUCCUUCAAUCUUCGUAUCUCCAAACUUAACCCCUGUUCUCUAUGUGUCUGUCAACCCCAAGUGUAUUGCAUUUUUAAAAAAGCAAACACACACACGCUCACACACACACACACU